UGAGUGAGGAAGAAUAUACUGAAAAUGGAUGCAAGACCAAACCAAACAAUUUACAUAAACAAUCUGAAUGAAAAGGUGAAAAAGGAUGAACUCAAGAAGUCCCUGUAUGCCAUAUUUUCUCAGUUUGGACAGAUCCUCGACAUUGUGGCAAUGAAAACUUUGAAGAUGAGAGGACAAGCUUUUGUAAUAUUUAAGGAUGUUAACAGUGCCAACAGUGCACUGCGAUCAAUGCAGGGUUUCCCAUUCUAUGAAAAACCAAUGAGAAUACAAUAUGCAAAGAAAGAUUCUGACAUAAUUGCCAAAAUGAAAGGAACAUUUGUGGAAAGACCCAAGAGGCCAAAGGAACAUGAACCCGAGAGUAAAAAGAAGAAGAAAGCAAACCGACAAGCUGCUGCAGCUGCUGCUGCCUCUAAUGCAGUAUUGCCUCCACCAGCACAACCUUCCCCAGCAGCAGCCCCUCCCAGCCAGCCUGCAGCCCCCACUGCUAUCCCAGAACAACCACCCAAUCAAAUUCUCUUCCUCACCAACUUGCCAGAGGAGACUAAUGAAAUGAUGUUAUCCAUGUUGUUUAACCAGUUUCCUGGAUUUAAGGAAGUUCGUCUUGUGCCUGGUCGCCAUGACAUUGCAUUUGUUGAAUUUGAGAAUGAAGUCCAGUCAGGUGCAGCGAAGGACGCCCUUCAAGGAUUCAAGAUCACUCCAAGCAAUGCCAUGAAGAUCUCUUAUGCCAAAAAGUAGAACUGUUGUCAUCAUUAUACAAAUACCAUUAGAGAAAAACAUCACUUCUUUCAAUCAUGAAAUAAUUUCAUUAACAAUCAUUUCAUUGUCUUGUCCAUUUUUAAUGAUAUUUGUUGCUGGCAUUGCACACUGUCAGAUUUGUGCACUUCAGGAGUUUCAUUUUAUUGGGACUCUUGUCCAACAUUGCACCUCAGUUGAUUCAUUCUUGACAUUGCACUCCUGUCAGAAUGAAAAUAAUCAACAUUGCACUGAGGUUGGUCCUAUUGUUGAAUAUGAAGACUGUAUGUGAAUAAAAAAAUUUACAGGAAAA